AAGCCGCCCGCCAAUCGGGGCGACGCCUUCGUCUUGCCGGGCGACUCGUGCGGUAACUUGCACUUGGGAUUCAGCACCAUGGCGUCGGGCUGCAAGAUUGGCCCGUCCAUCCUCAACAGUGACCUGGCCAACUUAGGGGCCGAGUGCCUCCGGAUGCUAGACUCUGGGGCCGAUUACCUGCACCUGGAUGCACCCUGCUCUUCAGGGAGGUCAGUUUUUUGUAAGCAUUUUGUUCCCAACAUCACCUUUGGUCACCCUGUGGUAGAAAGCCUCCGAAAGCAGCUAGGCCAGGACCCUUUCUUUGACAUGCAUAUGAUGGUCUCCAGGCCAGAACAGUGGGUAAAGCCAAUGGCUGUAGCAGGAGCCAAUCAGUAUACCUUUCAUCUUGAAGCUACUGAGAACCCAGGGGCUUUGAUUAAAGACAUUCGGGAGAAUGGUAUGAAGGUUGGCCUUGCUAUCAAGCCAGGAACUACAGUAGAGUAUUUGGCACCAUGGGCUAAUCAAAUAGAUAUGGCCUUGGUUAUGACAGUGGAACCUGGUUUUGGAGGACAGAAAUUCAUGGAAGAUAUGAUGCCAAAGGUUCACUGGUUGAGGACCCAGUUCCCUUCUUUGGAUAUAGAGGUCGAUGGUGGAGUAGGUCCUGACACUGUUCAUAAGUGUGCAGAGGCAGGAGCUAACAUGAUUGUGUCUGGCAGUGCCAUUAUGAAGAGUGAAGACCCCAGAUCUGUGAUCAACCUGUUAAGGAAUGUUUGUUCAGAAGCUGCUCAGAAACGUUCUCUUGAUCGAUGAAGCCACAAAGAUCCCAAAGUUCCUGCUUAUGGAAUCUUUUUACUUGGAAAAUAGGAAUAUUGAUUUCCAAAUCAUAUCACAAUUGAGGCAGUGCUGCUUUGCUGAGUAAUUAUUCAUUCCCAUGAUUAAAACCUAUUGUGCAGUGUUCUAGGAGGUUAGGAAUUGGUAUGUAUAACUACAAUUUUAGAGAUGCAAUUUAAAAAUUAAGUGUGAUAGAAUACUCUGUUUUUACUGGGAUGCUUGACUGACUUUUAUAAAGUAAAACUAUUAAGAUUACAAACAGAAAUGUAUCUUAAUCCCUAAGAAAGCAUUUAGUUAGCUACUUUGAAAAAAAAUUUAUUUCUAAAAAUUUUCUGCUUUUUCUCAGCUAUUUUCCAAAAGCAAAAGAAAUGUUUAUGUCUUUGGCAUUUCAUGUCAUUUGUGAUUUGUUUAUAUGUUUGACAAAAUGAGUACAAUGGAACUUAAAAAUAUAAGCUUGGGUGGGAUGGCAUACCAUUUUCUUGCAUCUUAAACAUUUAUUCUGCACUUUUCACCUCAUACUUGAUUCAUGAAAGCUAUCUAAACCAUAUGUGAAAGCCUAGGAGUUCUAAAAUAUAAGUAUAGAUUUUUAUCAAGGUGUUAAUUCUUUGUCAGAGCAGUUAUUCAGUAAUUCCCAUCACCGUUUUUCUUAAUUUCACCCACUAUUCUUAAGGACAUUUAAAUAAUGCUGUUGUGUUAGCUCUGAGUAGAAAGAAAAAGUAAAGCUUCUAUUUGGAAAUAAUAUUGGUUGAAUCCUGCCACUGCCCUUUUCUGGCUAUUUGUCCUUUGCCAGUCACCCGUCCUUUCUUGGUCUUCUAUUAACUCAUUUAUUUGUUGUAUGUAAUUACAACAACAUGCAGGGUUUUGGUGACCAUUAAAACAAGUAAUGUAUAUAAAGCUUCUACUACUGUUUUCGGAAAAUUUGAGGAAGCUCAAUAAACAGUGGCCAGCAUUAUGUAAGCUUGUUUCAUUGGUUAUAAAAUACUUCCAAAAUAAUCACAUUAAAUGUAUAUAAAUUACACCUAUAAGAGGCAGCACAUGUUUUUAUCUCCAGCAGAAAGUAAAGUUUAGCAAUAGACUGAUACCAUAGAAAGGAUAUGUUAAGACAGGAUUUCUAGUAGUUAAUCUUUACAGUGAAAUCCUUGGGAGGUAGGUUAGGCAAAAGAAGCUUCUUUUACUUAACAUUGUCUUAUUUCCAAUCUAAUAUUGUUGUUGUAUAACAGAACCAGAUGGCUGAGAAUAUUCUGGAACUAUGAAUCUUUACCCCCAAUGAUAUAUGUUUAAUACAAGAAAGUUCAGGUAGGCAAAGAGAUGACAUGGUACAGAAUUAAUCCGUAAA